CCUACCCCUCCGCCGUCACCAUGGAUGAUCUAUACGAUGAGUUCGGAAACUUCAUUGGCGAGGCCGAAUCCGACGACGAUGCAUCAUCCACUGGCCAGGCAGCUGAUGCCUAUGUCCUCGGCGAUGACGCUGAAGAGUCGGAAGCAGGCGCCAAUGACCAGCAACUCAUGGAAAUAGACGACGAUGGGCCCUCCAACGCGGUGAUCCUGCACGAGGACAAGCAAUACUACCCAAGCGCGUCCGAUGUAUAUGGCCCCGAUGUCGAAGUUCUGGUGCAGGAGGAGGAUACCCAGCUGCUCACCCAGCCCAUAAUCGACCCUGUAAUUCAGAAGAAGUUUACUAUACAAGAGGCCGACUUACCGCCUGUGCGCUUCAGUCGCGAUUUUCUGGCCGACUUGAUGAACUUCCCGGAACAGAUUCGAAAUGUGGCGAUAGCUGGACACCUGCAUCAUGGAAAGACGGCAUUCAUGGACAUGCUAGUGUUGGAAACACACGAUGUGCAGGAUCAGCUGGAGAAGAAAAGGGGCAAGAAGCGGGAUGAGCAGCUACGGUACACGGACGUUCACGUUCUGGAGCGCGAGAGGGGACUAUCGAUAAAAGCUGCACCCAUGAGCUUAGUUCUGCAGAGCACCAAGGGCAAAUCGCAUUUGUUCAAUAUGAUCGAUACCCCGGGACACGUCAAUUUCGUCGACGAGGUGGCGGCGUCUGUACGGCUUGCGGAUGGUGUGGUUCUAGUGGUGGAUGUGGUAGAGGGCGUCCAGAUCAACACGGAGCAGGUCAUUAAACACGCAGUGCUUGAGGGUCUACCAAUGGUGCUAGUCGUCAAUAAGAUGGACCGACUCAUUUUGGAGCUAAAACUACCCCCGGGAGACGCCUACUUCAAGAUCAAGCACGUUAUUGAGGAGGUCAACAAGGUCAUCGAAGACACACUACCAGGACAAGGCGAAAAGAGGCGGUUGAGUCCCGAGAAAGGCAACGUCGCGUUUGCUUGCAGCAGUAUGCGCUGGUGUUUUACCCUGCAAUCGUUCGCCAAGAUGUACGCGGACAGCUACCCAGGUGUUAAUGUGGAAGAUUUCGCUAUUCGGCUAUGGGGUGAUAUCUUCUUCAAUCCACGAAGCCGGAAAUUCACACGGAGACCCAAGGAGGAUGGAGCAAAGCGAACAUUCGUCAAUUUCGUCCUGGAACCGAUAUACAAGCUUUACUCACAUACUUUGAGUGAAAGCCCUAAGGAUCUUAAGGCUACACUGGCUAAGCUGAAUAUCCAUCUGAAGCCUUCACAGUACAAGACCGACGCAAAAGAACUCCUGAGACUAGUGUGCGAGCAAUUCUUCGGCCCUGCAAAUGGGUUCGUUGAUAUGAUUGUCAAGCACAUCCCAUCCCCUGCCGAGGGCGCGAAGCGGAUGCUCGAGCGAUAUUAUACCGGCCCUCUCGAGAGCAAAACUGCCGCAUCCAUGGGAUCUUGCAAUCAGGACGGACCUCUGGUUAUUCAUGUUACCAAACUGUUCAACUCCAGCGACGCAAAAACAUUCAAUGCAUUUGGACGAGUGUUGAGUGGCACAGCGAAGCCUGUUCAGUCGGUGCGUGUUCUAGGAGAAGGUUACACGCUAGAAGAUGAAGAGGAUAUGGUUGUAGCCACCGUUACAGAUACUUGGAUAGCAGAAUCGCGAUACAAUAUCCCCACCGACGGCAUCCCAGCAGGGAACUGGGUACUUCUCGGUGGAGUCGACAACUCUAUUGUGAAGAGCGCAACUCUAGUAGCACAAAAACUUCCCGACGAAGAAGACGCAUACAUCUUCCGGCCAGUCAAACACCUAUUCGAAUCCGUUUUCAAAGUCGCAGUCGAGCCCAUCAACCCCUCCGAGCUUCCCAAAAUGCUUGACGGUCUCCGCAAAAUCAACAAAUCCUACCCUCUCGUCACUACCAAAGUCGAAGAAUCUGGCGAGCACGUCGUGCUUGGUACCGGCGAGCUCUACAUGGACUGCGUUCUCCACGAUCUUCGCCGGCUAUAUGCCGACAUGGAACUCAAAGUCUCCGACCCCGUCACCCGGUUCUGUGAAACAGUUGUGGAAACUUCCGCCAUAAAAUGUUACGCCCUCACACCCAACAAGAAGAACAAACUCACCAUGGUCGCCGAACCCCUCGACCCCGGUAUCGCAGAAGACAUUGAAUCCGGCGCUGUCAACAUCAAAGACCCCGUGCGCAAAGUCGGCAAAUUCUUUGAAGACAACUACGGCUACGACCUCCUCGCCUCCCGCAACAUCUGGGCAUUCGGCCCCGAUGAUAUGGGCCCCAAUAUCCUUCAAAACGACACCCUUCCUUCAGACGUCGAUCAGAAGCUCCUCCGAGCCGUCCGCGACACUAUUCGCCAGGGCUUUUCCUGGGCGACGCGCGAAGGCCCACUCUGUGAGGAGCCGAUCCGCAAUGCAAAGUUCCGCGUCAUGGACGUCAACCUGGCGCCGGAGGCUAUCUUCCGCGGUGGUGGACAGAUCAUCCCGACAGCUAGACGCGCGUGUUAUUCGAGUUUCUUGAUGGCAAGCCCGCGGUUGAUGGAACCAGUGUACAGCUGCAGUAUGAUCGGCCCGGCCGACGCAGUCGCCAGUUUAUAUACCGUCCUCGCGCGGCGGCGCGGCCAUGUGUUACAAGAUGGUCCAAUUGCCGGAACUCCGCUAUACAGCGUCAAAGGACUGCUCCCAGUCAUCGACUCCUUCGGUUUCGAGACCGAUCUACGCAUCCACACCCAAGGCCAAGCUACCCUCUCCCUCGUCUUUGACCGCUGGAGCAUCGUCCCAGGCGACCCACUCGAUCGCGAUAUCAAACUCCGCCCUCUCGAGCCCGCGAGUGCGCAGGCGACGGCGCGGGACUUCGUCCUCAAGACUCGGCGUAGGAAGGGUUUGGCGGAGGACGUCACGAUCAGCAAGUUCCUCGAGCCGGAGCUGUUUAGGAGCUUGAAAGAGACUGGAAUUCUAGAUUGAGGGAGGGUGUAUGAUACUAAAUGGCAAGAACCUCGGUGUUUUGGGCGUGUAUGAUAUGGCUGGUUCUUGGGAGGGUUGGUUUCCUGAUGAACCUGAAUUGAAAGCAAGUUCAUGUCUCUCUGGGUGGGUACGCUGUGUGAAUACACGACGGACCUACACCGUAGCUGACGGCUACUAAUCAAUCCACUUCAUAUGCGGUUCGAUUCGUUAAUUUUGCUCCCAUUUGUGCAAGAGAAAGCCUCCGCUAUGUGGGUAUGUAACGGGCUUGUGUCCUCCCCUCGACGUCUACUAACGUGUCACACCGUUCGAUCCGAUGCUUCUUCUCCC